UACAUUUAUUGAGUAGCUGUCACAAUGCCAGUUGCCACGCCCAGAAUAGAACUUGGAGACAUCACACCUCACAACAUCAAACAGUUGAAAGUGUUAAAUCAGGUAGUGUUUCCAGUCACGUAUAAUGACAAGUUCUACAAAGAUGUCCUGGACGUGGGGGAACUUGCCAAAUUAGCAUUUUUCAAUGAUAUCGUGGUGGGAGCAGUGUGUUGCAGAACAGACUUGCAGGAGAGACAGAGGAAGUUAUACAUCAUGACUCUUGGCUGUUUGGGUCCUUACAGAAGAUGUGGAGUUGGCAAGAAGCUAUUAGAUCACGUGAUGAAGAUAGCAAAAGAUGACGGUCAAUACGAUGCUAUUUUCUUGCAUGUGCAGAUCAGCAACGACGAGGCUCUUCAGUUUUACAACAAGUUCGGCUUCAAGAUUAUAGACACUAAGCAAGAAUACUACAAGAGGAUCGAACCUGCAGACGCUUACGUACUUGAAAAAAGUUUAAAGGUCGACAAACUCGAAACUGUUUCGUAGACAUCAGAGACGUUAUUUAUUGAUUUAAUUCUUUGUACGAGUUAUUUUCAAACCGAAUUUGUUACUUUGCUAUGGUUAAAUCAUGGAGUUCAUCAUUUUGAUAUCCCAUGACAAGUUUUAUUUAAAGAUUCAAAGAUGGUUGAAAUGUUAAAAUAUAGGUUUAUGUAUUUGAGCCGUUUUGAACGCUUUUUAAGUACCAUUUGUAAUUUUAGAAGCUGGAAAGUUUGUUUUUACCCUUAUUCACAGU